AUGGCAUCACCAAGGACACUGCGCGUGGCCGCAGCCCAGAUGGGCGCCACACACUACGGCGACGAGCGCAGCAAGACGCUCGACCGCAUGAUCAAGCUCCUCGAAGCCGCCGCCGCCAAGGGCGCGCAGGUCGUGCUCUUCCCCGAGGCCGCCUUCACCACCUUCUUCCCGCGGCACCUCAUCAACGACCCCGUCGAGCUGGACGCCUUCUUCGAGAAGGGCGACGUCUCAACGCAGCCGCAGACAAAACCGCUCUUCGACAAGGCGCACCAGCUCGGCGUCGACAUCUCCGUCGGCUUCGCCGAGAAGGCCGACGACGGGCAGACGUUCAACUCGUGCAUUUACUACCACGCCAAGAGCGGCUCCAUCCUCUCAAAGUACAGGAAGAUUCACCUCCCCGGCGACUUCGAGCCGUUCGCGGACCCGGAGGCGACGAACCAGCUCGAGAAGCGCUACUUCAAGCCCGGCGACCUGGGCUUCAACGCCUUCCGCGUCCCGGACCUCGUCGCCUCGCCGCCGGAGCGCGGGGACCCCAUCUUCGGCAUGAUGAUCUGCAACGACCGGCGCUGGGCCGAGAGCUGGCGCACGCUGGGCCUGCAGGGCGUCGAGGUCGUGCUGUGCGGGUACAACACGGCCGGCUUCGCGCCGCACCUGUGGGGGUCGAGCGCCGACAUGGACCCGGAGGUGGCGCGCGAGAAGGCCGUGUUCCACCACAAGCUGGUGAUGCAGGCGCACAGCUACACAAACGCGUGCUUCAGCGUGAGCGCCGCGCGGUGCGGCAUGGAUGAUGGGAAGUACGACCUCAUCGGCGGCAGCUGCAUCACCGGGCCCGAGGGCGAGAUCAUCGCGGAGGCGUCCACGACGGAGGACGAGGUGGUGUAUGCGGAGAUCAACCUUGACGAGUGCCGCCCGGGCAAGGAGCGCACGUUCGAUUUCGCAAGGCACCGGCGGGUGGAACAUUACAGCCGGAUCACGGAGCAGACCGGCGUCGUGGAGCCUCCGAAGCUCGGGGCCCAGGCGGUGAACGGCGUCACCAACGGGACUGCGGUCAAGGACAAGAAGAUCCGCAUCCUGCUCGUCAACCCGAACAGCACAAGGGCGAUGACGGACGCCUGCGUCGCCAUGGUCGAGAGCCAGCUUCCCCCCGACGUGGUCGUCACCGGCUUCACCGCGCCGCGGCCGUCGCCCUCGGCGAUCGAGGGCAUGUUCGACAACGUAAUGUCCGCCGCGGCCGCCGCCCGUGCAGUGCUCCCCCUCGCAGCGACGCACGACGCCGUGCUGGUCGCGUGCUACUCCGACCACGCCCUCAUCCGCAUGCUGCGCGAGGAGCUCCCGCGGCAGCCCGUCAUCGGGAUCAUGGAGGCGUCGCUCUUCGCCGCGCGCACGCUCGGCGGCCGCUUCGGCCUCGUCGCCGUCAGCGAGCGGUCCAAGGUGCUGCACGAGGACAGCAUCCACCACUACGGCUUCUCGACCUCGUGCGCGGGCGUGCUGUCCUGCAAGCUCGGGGUGCUGGACCUGCACGAGAAGAGCCAGGACGAGGUGAUGGCCAUCAUGGCGAACGUUGGCAAGAGGCUGGUGGAGGAGAAAGGGGCGGACGUGUUGUUGCUGGGGUGCGCUGGUAUGACGCCUCUCAAGGGCGCGGUGGAGGAGGCCGUUGGCGAUGAAGUGCAGGUUGUUGAUGGUGUGUUGGCUGGUGUGCAUCACCUGGUGGGUAUGGUGCGCAUGGGCGGCGCGACGGCAAAGAGGGGUGUGUACAAGAGCUCCGCCGCGGGUCGCAAAGCCCGUGGUCAGGAUUGGAUUUGA